AUGCUGACUUCGUUGAAUGGCACGCUGCAAGAAGAAACACGUUUACUACUACGGUGCUCUACAAUUGUUCAGUGGCGGGCGGAUCUACUGACGCUGACGAACACGCCAGCCGAAAGUUUCAGCACCGUAGCCGAGGAAAUCAAGAUAGCGACAGAGAUCAAAUCGAUACACGCAGCAGGUGGUUUCAAUAUACGGGACUGGAGAUCAAACAGUAAGAAAUUUGAGAAAGCCCUUGGUGGAAACGUUUCUUCCGAACCCAAAUCCCUGAAGCUGGAGACAACUUUGACUCCCGAAAGAGUGCUUGGAAUGCACUGGCUGCCGCAUGACGACGUCUUGGGCUAUUCUACCGCUUUGGCCCCGGAACUGCAGGAAAUAGUGUCGUCUAAACGUAAACCUACGAAGCGCGAGGCGCUUCGCUGUCUUAUGACGUUUUUCGACCCCCUAGGGUUGCUCACCGCGUUUGUGUUGCUUAGAAAGGUCUUACUCCAGGAUAUUUGGCGCGCUGGUACGCAAUGGGACGAAGUCGUGGGAGACGAAGAGCACGAGAAAUGGCUACGCUGGAUCGAAGGUUUUCCGCUUAUCGAUAGCUUGCAGAUUCCACGAUGUUACUUCGACAGUGUUGACUACGACGAUCUACAACUCCACAUUUUCGUGGAUGCUAGCGAGGACGCCUGCGCUGCUGUGGGAUACUUCCGUGUUCCAAAGAUAACCGGGGGGUACGCGUGUGCACUGGUUGCAGCAAAAACGAAGGUCGCACCUUUGAAGCAUUGGUCCAUCCCAAUUCUGGAACUUCAAGCGGCUGUAAUAGGAUCCCGCCUAAGAAAAUUCAUCGAAGAAGGCCAUACAUUCGAAAUCAAGCGAUGUGUUCUCUGGUCCGACUCAAGCACUGUGCUGGCCUGGAUCCGGUCCGAUCAUCGGAGAUACACCCAGUUCGUAGCCUGCAGAAUAGGGGAAAUCCUUUCAAACAUCAACAUCGCAGAGUGGCGAUGGGUCCCAUCAAAACAGAACGUUGCGUACCUCGCCACCAAAUGGGGACAAGGCCCGCCUUUGACUGCAGAAAACGCUUGGUUUCGUGGUCCGGAUUUCCUUCAAGAAGACGAGGACGAAUGGCCACAACAGAGGAAGCCGACUAGCACCGAGGAGGAGUUGAAGACGUCACGCCAAAUUUCCUGUCUCCAUUCUGGGUUUGUAGCUCCAAUAGCCAUCGUCGACACCAGUAGAUUCAGCAAGUGGGAGCGAAUGCUGCAAACUGUGGCAUAUGUACAUCGCUAA